UAGUCAUUUGCCGACAACUCCCAAAGAUUCAUUGGUUUCACUUGAAUCCUUUUGUUGUUGUUCAUUGAUCCUGUACGUUACGAAGCUUGUUUUUAUCACUUUGGGAAUCGAAUUACAGUAGAACUAGCAAUAAAGAUGGGAACGUUUUUGUAUUUGAUACUAUUCCAAGUCCUUCUUUCAUUACUUUUAUGUUUUGAUUCAUCUCAGUCCACUUUCGAUCGGCAAACCUAUAGAGAACAUCUUCUAAACUCAUCCCAACGAGACAAGGACUGGUUAAUAACCAUUAGAAGACAAAUUCAUCAGAAUCCAGAACUCAGAUUUGAGGAACACAAUACCAGUGCCCUUAUUAGAAGUGAACUUGAUAAACUUGCUAUUGCUUACACAUACCCACUUGCCAAAACUGGGAUUGUUGCUCAAAUUGGCUCUGGUUCACCUCCUGUUGUUGCUCUUCGUGCUGACAUGGAUGCACUUCCCCUGCAAGAGCUUGUGGAGUGGGAGCAUAAGAGUAAAGUUAAUGGAAGAAUGCAUGGAUGUGGUCAUGAUGCUCAUACCACUAUGCUCCUUGGUGCUGCCAAGUUGCUUAAUGAAAGGAAACAUCUGCUUAAGGGAACGGUGAGACUUCUUUUCCAACCUGCUGAGGAAGGAGGUGCUGGUGCAUCACAUAUGAUAAAAGAUGGUGCCCUUGGUGAUGCUGAAGCCAUAUUUGGGAUGCACGUUAAUUACAAGAUACCCACUGGAACCAUAGCAUCCUUGUCAGGGCCAGUCUUUGCUGCUGCAUCCCUCUUUCAAGUAAAAAUAGAAGGCAAAGGUGGGCAUGCUGCAGUACCCCAUGAUGCUGUGGAUCCACUACUUGCUGCAUCAUUUGCAAUUUUGGCAUUGCAACAGCUCAUCUCUAGAGAACUGGAUCCCCUCCAGAGUCAGGUUCUAUCUAUUACGUAUGUCAGAGGAGGGGCGACCUUGAAUGUAAUUCCACCAUAUUUUGAAUUUGGGGGCACCCUGAGGAGUCUUACGACUGAGGGCUUACAUCAACUCCAGCGGAGGUUGAAAGAAGUUGUUGAAGGCCAGGCAGCUGUCCACAGAUGUCAUGCGCACGUAGACAUGAACGAAAAGGGAGAUGUUCCCCUAUAUCCUGCUACCGUGAAUGAUGAAAAAUUGAAUUUGCAUGUUGAGAGGGUUAGUAGACUUCUUUUUAAUCCAGAGAAUUUCAAGAUGGGUCAGAAGGUGAUGACAGCUGAGGACUUUUCCUUCUAUCAAGAAGUGAUUCCUGGAGUCAUGCUUGAUAUUGGAAUUAGAAAUGAAAACGUGGGUGCAAUUCACUCCCUGCACUCACCUUACUUCUUUCUUGAUGAGGACGUUCUUUCAAUUGGGGCAGCAUUGCACGCUGCCCUGGCAGAGAUAUAUUUGAAUGAGCAUCAACAAUCUGCAGCACCGUAGAGAAUAAGACAUCAUAAGAGCAUGGAAGAUCAUGAAUAAGUUAAUAGUGGUCCAUGCUAUAAAGUCUCUAUAUGUAGUGGCAGGAUAUGUAAAAAUCAGGGGAAAAAAAGAAGUAAUAAAACUCUUGAUUCUAGAUCACCGUCCAGUUCUGGUUAAUGCAAUCACCUCUUUCUGAAGAAGAUUCUGGUGAGCAACCUGGAUACGGGUGCAGCUAUUUUGUUCUGCAGAAGUGCCAAAAGCUGCUUCAAGCUGCCUGUCCAGGUAAAUGAUUAUGUUGCCAAUAUCCUAUGCGAGCUUCGGUUGCCCCUCGACCUAUUUUACCAAGGGAUGUCCUUCCCAGAGCUACAUUUGCUUGCACUCUUUUCCUGAAAGAUUGAGCAAUAUUAAUUAUUCCAAACACUAAUGAAGAUUUCAUGGUAUAUCAUAUUACAAAAGAUUUCUGCAGACCCAAAUCAACUUCACAAACGUGCCUUGUAUUUUGCUCGCAUUCUUUGCAUCCGGACAGCUAUUAUUUAUGAUCAUAUAUGCAUUCGAUGAGGUCAUUGUGAAUGGUAUUCCAUGGCUGUAGAGGGCUGAAAAGAUGAUAGAAGCUGAGUUUGGGCAGCUACAAGACUUGCAAAACAAGUUUCUUAAUGGGUUCGAGGACUCUUUGGACUAUUUGAAGAUUAAAAAGAGUAGAAGUGGCAAUGGACUGCUGUAAAAGCUCUUCCAUUUUAGGUUGGAUGGGAUGCCUAUUUUUAAUAACUAGCAUUGGACAAAUUCUUGAAGUGACACGUGCUUGGGACUGGUAUCAGUGAAGAUUCAUAUCCAGAAUAGAAGGCUCCGCCGGUGGGCAGGGUGUUCAAUGAAUGUUAUGCUGGCGAGAGGGCUGGGAGCCUGGGUAUAUGGCACGGGUUUUAUCUAGUAUAAUCUGCUAUAACCUGGUCACGGAAGAGGCCAUGUUUACUGCACAAUUUGAGUUCAGGAUGCCGCCUCGAUAUCGGCUCUUCACAAACUGGAGCUGUAGCAUGUUCCAAGGAUUGGACUGUUCGCCUAUUAAAACGGUACGUGAGCUGGGUUUGGCAUGUCGUGAGACAGUUCGCUUCAUAUCUGGUGUGGUGGUUGGAGCAUUAAGAGGGAGAGGACUGGCCAGUUAUUGUAUCCAUAGUAAAUGCUAGGUAGCCAAGCGCGGAGCAGUAACUACUUAAAGUAUCUAAGUAGUAAGCUUACUCCAAGAGGAGAUGAAAUGUAUCUUUAAAGUGAGGCUUGUGGAGGCAUCCCAAUAGAGCAUAGAUGAAAACAGGCAAGGUUAAUACA